CAAGCCUUCACCUUUCCCUGUGUUUUACUCCCAAUUCCCAUGACAGUUGGUGGGGACACUUGUGUUUUUCUUUGUCAGAUUCUUAUUUGCUUGAACAAAGUACUUGCAGCUAAACAAAUAAAAAAAGAAAAAGAGGAAUAAAGAAAUUCCCUUCAAUAAAGAAGCAACUAGAAUCUCUCUGAACCUUACUCUCCUACCCACCAACACUUUAAAAGGGUGCAGCCUACUCUGAUUAUUUUCUUUUCUUAGAUGAAGACAAUGAUGGCAAAGAGUUUCCAAGACUUGUCCUCUAAGAGGCAGUUCCACUGGACAGCUAAAGUCAGCAAUGAAGAAGAACAACAAGAACAAGAACAAGAAGAAGCAACAUCAGAGAAUCCAUCUCCAAAGCACCCCUCAAACAGAAAUGAAGAAGUGAAAACACCAACAGAGAAUAUAAAGGCACAAUCUUUCAAGAACCCUGAAGUUUCAACCACCAAGUCAUCCACUUUAAACACCAUCCAUGAAAACAAGACAGAUGACAAUCAGUCUGCUUCAGCAACAAGGAGGAAGCUGCAAACUAUAGCAGUGACAAGGCUAAAAUCUGUGCUAACGGCGUUCGGGCGAAACCGGGGAAAUUACCAACAAGGCCUUGGAACCAGAGUUGUUGGCACUCUUUUUGGUCACAGGCGUGGACAUGUACAUUUUGCAUUUCAAAAAGAUUCCAGCACACAACCAGCUUUCUUAGUUGAGCUAGCCACACCUAUAAGUGGAUUAGUCCGAGAAAUGGCCUCUGGGUUAGUCCGAAUCGCAUUGGAAUGCGAUAAGGAGGAAGAAAAAAAGGUUGCUAGACUUAUAGAUGAGCCUAUAUGGAGGACUUACUGUAAUGGUAAAAAAUGUGGCUUUGCAACAAGAAGGGAAAUUGGGCCAAAAGAAAUGCAGAUUUUAAAAGCUGUUGAGCCAAUAUCAAUGGGUGCUGGUGUUUUGCCUGGGAAUGGAGAAGAAGAAAGUGCUGAUUCUGGGGAGAUUAUGUAUAUGAGGGUUAAGUUUGAAAGAGUUAUUGGGUCUAGAGAUUCAGAGGCAUUUUACAUGAUGAAUCCUGAUAACAAUGCUGCUCCUGAACUUAACAUUUACUUGCUCAGAGUUUAAGGUCAAAUCACUUAUUAGAAUCUUAGAUGAAGUUUAACUCAAUAUAUAAUCUUUUCUUGAUCCAUGGAAAUGGAGAUCUAGCAAUGUUCUAUGUUUUUAUUUUCUUUUUGUCUUUUAUUUUGGACACUGGAUUUACUGUAUUUUUGUUCUUUCUUGGGUGGAAUGGAAAAUAUAUGUUACUUAUAUUACCUAAA